AUGCCUAGGACCUCUUUCUCCGCAGCAAUUUACUUGAAGGCGGUGCUUGGAUGUCCUGGCGCAACCUGCGUCCGCCGUUUCUCACUUAGCCUGCUGAAGGACCUGCUGCAACCACAACAUCCACGACAAUUUAAGACCUAUGCUCAACUUGAAGUGCCUCUGCAUCACGACCUGUUUAGCUCGUUUCCGACGCUCAAAAAUUCGCUGCCUAUGGAUCUACUUCAAGUUGGAGUCUACAUUGUCUCUAUCUCUGAGAUCCGAGAGUGUCAGCCGGUCCGAAGUCAAGAACUGCACGACAAUGUUUCAGGUGAGUUCUAUUCCCUGGCAGCGCAGGUCUGA